AUGGCAGCCACCACGGUGACGGACGCGGGCAGCGUGAGGAUCAUCACGGAGGUGAUCCCAGCCACGGAUCCCCGGGCGGCCCAGCUGGCCUCAGGCUCCCAGGCACCUGCCAGGACCUCAUUCCAAACACAAGGCUUCCGCAGGGCUCAUCCCAAGGUGUUGGGGACCAUCCACAUCUUCACUGGAAUUGUCCACAUCUGCUCCGGGAUCAUCCUGACACUGUCGGAGCACAGGAACCCUUCCCUCCCUGUGGCCAGCGGGGUCUUCUUCUGGCUGGGGAUCCUGCUCCUGGUCUCGGGCUCAUUGCUGGUGGAAAGUGAAAGGAGAGACAGCCCUGUGCUGGUCAAGGCCUGCUGUGUGCUCAGCGUGGGCGUUGUCCUGGGCACGCUGGUGGCCAUCGGGAUCCACGGCACGGCCGUCACCCGGAUCACGCCCGGCUGCGAGAAACCCGAGCCCUUCCGGACCCGCCCGGAAUGGUGCCUCCACAUGGAGAGCAAGAAGCUGAGCAACGGCCUGGAUUCCAUCCUGGCGCUGCUCGGCCUCCUGGAAUUCUGCGUGGCCGUGGCGGUUCUGGCGUUCGGAUACGACACGGUCCGGCAGCACACGUACACCCAGCUGGUGAGGGAGGCGGCAAUCCUGCAAAUCCCGGGAAUGCUGAUCCACCCCUUCCUCCCCUGUCCCUCCCGGACAUUUCCCUGGAUUUCCCUGUGUUUGCUUCCCCAGGCGCUGUAG